AUGACUACUAAACUAACUUGGGAGGAACACCGACGAAUUAAAGAUAUUAAGAUAUUGGACUUAGAACUCUGCGACUAUGGACAUAUGAAUAUCCUUAAUUUAGGUUGGGAAGCGAAUAUAAUCGGCUGUGAACUAACUAGAAAGAGGAGUAAAAGGACUGAGGAACCUAUUAAACCUAAUUGUCCUUAUGACUUGGCUAGUUGUUAUUUAUGUAGGAUUGGGAGUGCUUAUAAGAUACUUUGUUUGGAAUGUAUUGGGAAAGAGUUUUAUCAGAGGAUGAGUGGAAGGAAACUAGUUAGAUUACUGACUAGGGCAAUAGGUAGCGGAAGCUUGGAAACUCCUCAGUUGGCAUACUCCGUUGAAAUCUGUAAUCAGAUUAGAGUAAACGGAAGUAUUUGUUAUGGAGAGCCAACAAAACUACUAAACCUUAACUUGCCGACCUCUUGA